AUGCAAGCCCUUGGUACGUUGGCCGCAAAAAUCAAGAAGCACGUCGACUCAGCGCGCACCGGAAGAGCGGAAAAGCAUUAUGACGAAGUGCAACAAGGCCCGCUACAACAAAACUCUACUCUCAAACGCCGAAUCGCUAGAAGCCAGUCCGAAAGAAAGCUGAAGUUGCAAGAUGUCAGCGAUGAGCCACCUCCAGACUAUCCGCUUGACUACGAACUCAGUGAAGUAUCCUGGAAUCCAGAAGGACAAGAUUAUGGCCAUUACGAAGCAUCAAAGCGCCAUAGUUAUCGUCGAUCCAGAAGUGCUCCCACUAAUUAUGAAAAUAUUUUGCAAAACAUUGAUCCUCGAAAAUUGGCGGCUGUUAUCCAAUUCAUGGAAGUCAAUGAGAUUGACCCGUAUUUGCCAAUGGAAAACCAGCAUCGUGUGGAGUCGUUGAGGAGGGCCGCCUCAAUCGACCACCUUGAAGUUGCUGUACAUUAUGAUCAACCAUUUCCGAGAAAGCUGCGUCGGACACGCAAUAGCUUCCAAGAAAAGAACCAUUUUCAUCGGUCGUCGUUGCAAGAUUUGAGAUUCUUUGAGCGGAAACAAGAAGUGGAGUACGGACCUGGAAUCGUGGAAAGGCUGCGUGCGAAGUUCACCAAAUUAUCCGGACUGGCCACUAAAAAUGCAAAGGUAUCACCACACGCUACCUGCAAAAGAUGCCCCAGCGUCGACGAUAUCCUUCUGGACAAGGAGGCACAAGCGCCGAAAGAAAGAGCUUAUGUGACGCUCGACAGAAAUUGGGGUGAACCUGAAAAGCCACAGUAUGUGCCCGAGCCACAACAAAUUCGGCCCAGAAUGAACCGGGGCAGCAGUGCUGAUCCAGAGAAGCGAUAUGUCGUUCAUCGCGAAAUCAAGAGGGACCUGGAAGAGGAAGAUGAUGUCCAGCUACCAUCAAUCAGCUUCUUACGUCGCAAAUUUGAAGAAAAUGCAGGCAGGACAAACUGGGAAAACCGUCAGAGUUAUAAGACUCCGGUGGAUAUGGCUGUUGUGCGGUCUCAAUCUGCCGAACGUUCUCGCUCCCCAUCUAUCGCCAGUCCGACGCCAGUUGCGACUCCGGAGCCGACUUUCGAACGACCAUACCGCGUGCUGUCCCCUCAAAAUCAGCCACAUCCUCCAGCUAAAGUUCAUUCUCCAAGAAAGGCAUUCGGCCCCGCAACGAAAGAAGAACAUCGCGAAAAGCCGCGUCCCAGAUCCAUGGACGUCGCACAUGAGAAAGCUCUGCUUGGAAAGGACUUCUACCCUCCACGUCUCCGCCUCUCCCAGCCGCAGCGCAACAAGCUUUGGGUGUUGGAGGUACUUAACCGUGCUGAGGAUGAGCAAGAGAACGUUGAUCGUCAUCGCGUUAUGCCGCGCAGCGCUACUACUGGUGAAAUUCAUGAGCGCUCGGCAAGCCCAUCGCAGCCUGUGUUCAUGCCGCCAGUCCGUCGAGCAGCUCCUGUACUCCCCGAACUUAGCAGUGGUGCUAGAGUCCUUCUAUCACAGACAGCCCACCCUCCCCCCUCAUCAACCAUACAUGUUUCGCACACCCACCACAGGCCAACUUCUGAUUUCCGCAUGGAAACGACGACGUUCGAAUACAAAAGCGACGCAAAGAAAGUUGAAUCCCGUGAGAAGCCGGAACCCAGGGCUCAGGAGCGAGAGAUUUUCAUCUCGCCGCCCGAUCCAGAUUCAGCUAGGGAUGAUCGCCCUGCCGCUUUCUCGCCUUCACAAGCACCCGUCAUUCAAUCAGCCGAUGUUAGCCCUCCACCGGAAGAGCCGAAGCCUCCAGUGCAAAUCUCUCGCCUACGCACUCAGCCGGCAACCUACGCCGGUCCAAAAAUUCUACCUCGAAAUAAUGAUGCCUCUGGAAAGGAGGAAAUGAAGCGUAUGCUGUCCAAAUUCAACGCCUCUAGGGACAAGAAGCUCUUCGACGAGCCGAACAACGAGGUUCCAAAGCAUGAUCGUGUGCACACCACAGCGCCUGCAACAACAACAACUGGACAUACGAUCCAUACGACGGUAAUCCAGACCUACGAGCCGAUACCACCAAAAGGCGACCUCUCGGCUACCACCUCAUUUUUGCCUACACGCUCCACGCAGCCGCGAGUAAUGCACCCGCACCAGUAUCAGAACUCGGCCAAUAACGUGACAAACAUCACAGUGCGUACCGACAGCCCGGCUCCCCCUAACACUGCACACAAUCAAGAUGGUAGCCCAAGUGUACAACCUAAGGAUGAGACACCAAUUCGAAGGCCAGCCCCACCACCACCUGCCUCGCCGAUUCAAGAAUACAGGGUCGAACCCACCCCAGAACCUGUCCCCACAUCUCAAGUGAGAAAGAGCUUCAGCGCCCAAUUUCUUGAACAACAAGCCCAAAAAACCCACACCUCCCCAACCCCGACAUCACCUCUCGUCUCCCCAAAACCCUAUGGAGAUGAUGCUACCAUCCGGGUGGAAUCGGAAGAUGAGGGCACCGAAGUAUCCGAAGCUGGGGAUAUGGAAUAUGAUGUUGAGGCAGAGGCGAAGAGGGCACGAACAUCCACUGUCGAUUCUGCAGUAUCAAUCGGAUCCACACCCUCUGAAUACAGUAUCGAAGAAGAGCCCGCUGGAACAAGGGCAAAGUAUACGUUUGCCCUUCACCAUCAAUUUGACGAUGGAGACGAGCCGGAAGCGGAUUUUGAUGCGGAUUCGAUAGAUGAGGCUUCUGGGAAGGCGUUGGAAAGCGAGGAGGAGGUGCCGAACGUGGAAGCAAUUGAGCGACAUUUGAACGAAACUGAAUUUGAAGUGAUGCAGAGUGAAAUCCCCGAGGAGAGUGAAAGUGAUUCCGAUGACGAGCCACCGCCUCUAACCCUUCUCAACGGCUUCUCAACACAAAAUAUUCCCCUAAUGGCCGGCGAUGGUAAUCCAGUCCGGAAUUCGCUGAUCAGUUUGGUGAUGGAGGAGGAUAUUCCGAUGCUUCUCGAGGCUAUGAGCGAAAAUCCCCGGUUCGAAUUCGUGGAUUUGAAUGAGAACCAACCCUCCACAUCGUCAAUCCUGCACCCCGCUGAGACGCGGAUAAGAAGAAGAAUUGAGCGAAAGGUCGGACGCAUCGCUUUCGUUGAGACCACCCCGGAAGUGUAUACCUAUUUGGAUGAGAAGAGUGCCGAGAAGGAGAUCAACUGGGUAGAUGGAUGCCAUAUUAACUAUAAGGUGUAUCAAACCAUUGUAACUGCCGAACAAGAAGAGCAAAAUCGGCAGUAUGAAGAGUUGGAACGGUGGAGGCGGAAUGUUGAAAAUGACGAACAAGCCGUCGACUGUCCUCCAAACUCUACAAACCAUCUAGGCUAUUCAAGUUCAAUUACGGAGACCUCAAAAAUCUCCGUC